CAUAUUUCCUUCUUCUUUCGAGCCCAAUUUACGGCUCUGUCCAAUACGGCCCCAUGCUCGAAUCCCCGGCCAGGGGAGGGUCUCGGUGGACCGAGACGCGCUGCUUCUGGAACCCGUCCCCGCUUCGCCUCCAUGUUGGCAAGCCAGCCGACGGCGAGGAAGAAAAAAUCCGACGAUGCUUGGCGCGUCCCAGCAGCAGGCGACGGUGCAGGAUUUUCAUUUUGGCGUCUCCCAUCCCUGCCCGACCUCCGUCUGGUCCAGUUCGCUGGGCCGCUUGGGGCCGUCGGGGGAACUAGUCGUGGGCCCCGGGGCGCUGGCGUGGCCUCCAUCGUGGACCGCUCCGUUGGGUUGCCCCUAGCAAGGCAUGUCGGAUCUGGCAGUUGGAGACUGAAUUCCAGCAGCGAGCCAGAAAGAGGUAUUAGAGCCCACAGAGCGUGUAAGAGAGGAGAAGGUAGUAGCUCUUAGGUAAAGAGAGAGAGGGCGAGGGCAUCGAUUUGCUGAGUGACUCCAGGACAAUUCAGGUAUGAUUGCAACGUCCGCUGGUCCUCGGCUAGCAUUUUCAAUCGCGGCCGUGUCUGUCGCCUCCAACCGCGGGUUUGCCCCCUUGCCCCUACUCUC